CGGGCAGCGGGCUCGCGCAGCUCGGCUUACUCCAGGCUACGAUAGCGCGGUGGCAAGGAGAAAGGCCCGUCGCGUAACGGGUCGUGCUCUGUGAUUGGCUUUCCGCCGCCCCCUAUUGGAGUGGAACCUUCAUGGAGUGGCGGGUGGGGGCGCUCUUUUUUCUCUUCCUCAGGGUCAGUGAAGUAAAUACAUGGCGGCGCAUGCGCAGACAGGCUGUCGGCGGGGCCUUCUGUUGUCUCAGGCGAGCUGACCCGUCCCGCAGUAGAAGUCCUCAUCUCUAGAGCUUUCUAUGCCUCCCUCAAGUUUACCACUCUUGACAAACACAUUGAAUGGACUAAGUGGCUUCCCUCUGGCAUCAAGGCUUUGGUGGAAGCCACGUUUUUUAAUGCCUUGGUGGCCCAGACCUUUGCUCCUUGAAGUGGGAAAGAAGAGCUUCAGAGACGUCCUUCCUCUACACGAUGCUGACCUAGAAGAGCAGUUUGUCCGUGGCUCUGGACCCGGAGGCCAAGCAACCAAUAAAACCAGUAACUGUGUGGUCCUGAAACAUCUUCCUUCAGGAAUUGUAGUCAAGUGCCAUCAGACAAGAUCACUAGAGCAGAACCGCAAAAAGGCUAGAGAGAUCCUCCAGGAGAAAGUGGAUGUUUUCUACAAAGGUGAAACCAGUGACGUUGUUAAGGAAAAACAGGAAUUUCAGAAGAAAAAGCAAGAGAAGAGGCGGCGAGCAAAGGAAAAUCUUGAAAGGAAAAGGCAUUUGAAAGAAAUGCAAGCAUUAGAGGACAAAUAAACAGGAUCGGGCA